UAUGUCGUCGGAAUAACGUUAUUCCGACGACAUACCGACGAUUUUUUCCUUCGGUAUGCCACUGUUUUCUUGUAGUGAUAUAUUCGAUCAAUUUACAUUUAGCCAUUUAUAGUUUUUAUAGUAUUUUCAAAACAACUUUAUCUUUAAAAGUGACAAAACCUCAAAUUUAAAAUCUGGGAGAGUGAUUUUCUACAAAAGAAGAAAUUUGACUUUGAAAAUCGUAUGAUUUACAUUGUAAUCUUUACUAUUAUAUUUUUUUAUAUAACUAUAAAAACAUACAAUAGAAAAUAUUAAACAUAUUCUAGUACAAAAUUAAAUAUAAAAUUAAUUAUACCACAAAUUUUAAAUGAAUUACAUAAUCAUUUACUAUAAUUCUUUUCAUUUUACUCAUAUAUAAUCAAAUAAUGCAUUUGAAGUGAUAAAUGAGUCUUCUAUUAUUUUUAUUUGUAGAUUUCAAAGUAAGUUUGUUUAGUUCAAUAUUGUUUUGUAAAAAGUUUUGUUUUUAUGUUAUUAUAUAUCUUGUAUUUUGCAUAACACAUAAUAUCACAAGGAUUGAAAUGAUGAACAAAAAAAAGAAGUUAUUUGGAAAAUAUAUAAUUUAAAAGACUAACAAACCUUGAAACUUUAGAAUAGUAAAACUUAACUUUCAGUAUGCAAACUUCUAAAUUUAGUGUUAAAGUUGCUUUUGGAGUAUAUAAAACUUUAUAUUUACAGUCAUGAGAUGCUUUUACGUAAAGAAUUAUACCUUUAUACUUUUAAUUGUUCGUCCUAAUUUCGUAUAUAUAUCUAGGGGCCCAUAUAUCUAUAAAGAAACUACAUGAAAGUUACUCGUACGGAAUAUUACGUACCUUAUACGUAUAGAAGACGUAAUCAAAUAUUUGUUUGGUCAUCCAAACAUUGAGAAACCAAUCUCUAUAUAAUGCUCAAUGACAUUACACUGAAUUAUAAAACUUUAUAUUUUAACUCAUUAGAUACUUUUACCAAAAGAAUUAUACCUUAUAUACUUUUGAUUAUUCUUUCAAAUAAUUUAUAUAUAUAUAUAAAACUACAUGAUUGUUACUCGUACGGAACAUUUCAAAGCUUGCACGUAUAGAGAAGCUAGUCAACUGUCUGUUUUGGUCAUUGGUGUCACUCAAACAUUGAUGAGCCAUCUCUGAUCUCUCUAUAUAAUGUUCAAUGACCUUUACAGAGACAACCAAGAUAUUAAUAGUUACGUGGUUCCAUUAAACCUCAGCCAUGGUGAAAAUGGCUAAAUCUGUUACCUUCUCAACCUCUUCUUCUACAUCAAACCUUUCAUCUCAUCCUUCUUUCACUUCUCUUGCUUCUUUCAAUUCUCUUCCUGCUUCUCCACUCAGCCAGCCCUUUUCUCAGUCCAUGAUGGAGGAAGCCUUAGAGUCUGCAGAGUUAAUCAUCAAGAAGUGGGAUCCUAACUCACAGUCCUACACGAAGAUCAUCUCUCUGUUCAGACACAGCAGAAAACAAGCCAAAGAAUUCAUCAGAUGCGUCCGUGACUUACGCAAGGCCAUGCACUUUCUUGUCUCUCAAGACUCCAAAUCCGACAAGCUUGUCCUUGCGCAGAGCCUGAUGCAGAUCGGUAUGUCCACGCUGGAGAAAGAGUUCUUCCAGAUACUGUCUUCUAACCGAGACCAUCUGGAUCCUGAUUCAACCUCUGUCCAGUCGACAAUAUCUAGCAACUCAGAGUUCGAAGUUUAUAUGGAAAAUGAUGAUGAUGAAUAUGAUGAGCUGAAGAAGGCUGGUGAAUCCAUCUCUCAGGUGGAGAAAGCCUCAGCUCUGGUGAUGUCUGACCUAAAAGUCAUAGCAGAGACUAUGAUCAGCUGUGGUUAUGGUAAAGAGUGCAUAAAAAGCUAUAAGUUGAUUAGAAAGUCUAUUGUUGAUGAAGGGCUACACUUGCUUGGGAUCGAGAAGGUCAAGACCUCUCAGUUUCAAAAAAUGGACUGGGGAGUCCUCGAGCAUAUGAUCAAGAACUGGGUCAAAGCUGCCAAGAUUGGAGUCACAACACUCUUCAAAGGAGAGAAGCUUCUCUGUGAUCAUGUCUUCUCUGCAUCCGUUACAAUAGGACAAUCUUGCUUUAACCAGAUAGCCAAGGAAGCAGGACUCAAUCUCUUCAGGUUACCUGAGCUAGUAGCCCACAAGGAGAAGAAACAACACCACCAUGAGAGGAUCUUCAAGCUGCUGGAUCUCUAUGCAGCUAUCUCUGACCUUUGGCCAGACAUAGAAAUGAUAUUCAGCUUUGAUUCGUUAGCUUCUGUGAAGACUCUUGUCCUCUCAACGCUCAAGAAACUCAAGGAAUCUAUCCACACGUGUCUCAAGGAGUUCGAGACGAUGAUACACAAGGAUUCUUCUAAAGAAAUUUCCCCUGAAGGAGGGGUUCACAAGCUGACUCGGACAACGAUGAGUUUCAUAUCAUCGUUGUCCGUAUACAGCCGUGUGUUGUCUGUAUACAGCCGUGUGUUGUCUGAGAUCCUUACAGAGCAUCCUCUUAAGAGAAACUCUCGCUUGCUAGAAUCUUACUUCACGGCUCCCAUCUUAGAAGAUGAACACGUCAACAACCAAGCCUGCUCGGUCCAUAUUGCUUGGCUCAUACUUGUUUUCCUAUGCAAGCUAGACACCAAAGCAGAGAGUUACAAUGAUGUGUCUCUCUCUUACAUCUUCCUUGUGAACAACCUUCAGUUUGUUAUCGAUACAGUUUGUUCAAGUCAACUCAAGAACCUCAUAGGAGACGAUUGGCUCACCAAGCACAAGGCAAAACUAAAAAGCUACGCUGAAAAGUACGAGAAAGCAGCUUGGACUAAUGUUUUUGUAUCACUACCUGCGAAAACAAGUGCCAAGCUAUCACCAGAGGAGGCCACUACAUGUUUCAAGAGGUUUCAUGCAGCAUUCGCCGGAGCAUACUUGAAACAAUCAUCAUGUAUUAUAGUGGAUGCUAAGCUUAGGGACGACCUUAAGGUUUCUAUAGCGAGGAAACUUGUACCGGAGUACAGAGAGUUUUACGAGAAGUACUUGCCAAUGCUGAGGCAGGACAGAAACAUAGAGAUGUUGGUGUGUUUUAAGCCUGAUAACUUGGAGAAUUAUCUCUCGGAUCUUUUCCAUGGAACACCAAUGCUCAGUGGCUCUUCUCAUUCUGCUGCUUCUGCUUCUUUGUCUUCUCCAUCUUGUUUCUCAAUUAGAUGUGGAAAACACUAAAUCUCGCAGUAAGAAGAUUGUCUCAGAGAGAAUAUGUAUGCAUACAAGUUUCAUGAAUAUUGAUGCACUGCCUUUCUUGUCACUAUACAGGGCCGGCUCAACAUUGUUGGGCCUUAAGGCAAAAAAAAAUAUUUUUACCCUUUUUAAAAUA